AUGGACGAAAAGGGCUUCAUGCUUGGGAUAACCACAAAAGAGAAGAGAAUCUUUUCUCGGCGCAAAUAUGAGCAUGGAGGACUCAAGCAGCAUCUUCAGGAUGGGAAUCGGGAAUGGAUAACCACAAUUGCUUCCUCUGAUUCAGGAUGGACUAAUCAUGAGCUCGGAUAUCAAUGGUUGGUGGAUGUUUUUGAUAAAGAGACAAAAUCUCAAGCUAGCCGGGGAUGGCGCCUCUUAAUCCUCGAUGGCCAUGGCUCCCACGUCAAUAUGAGGUUUAUUGAAUACUGUGAUAGGAAUAGGAUAUUAUUGGCAAUAUUCCCGGCUCAUGCAACUCGUACUUUACAGCCUCUUGACGUUGCUUUAUUUGCUCCUCUUUCCAAGGCUUAUACCAAGGAAUUGAGACGAUUUUUGGAUGAUUGUCAAGGAUUGACCCGGCUCAGCAAACGGGACUUUUUUCGGCUUUUUUGGGCUAGCUGGAAAAUAGCUUUUACAAGCGACAAUAUCAACUCAGCCUUCAAAAAUACUGGCUUUUAUCCUUUCAAUCCGGAACUCGCUAUACAGCGUUUUACUCAAAAACCUGAAAUCCUGCCAUCAUCAAGUGAAUCAUCGGCUUCAAUUAUCAAAGCAGAAGAUUGGCGACGUAUUUCAAAGCUUGUGAAGGACGCCGUUAGUAAUGUUUAUGAAGAAAAAGCUCAUCAGCUUCAUGAUACCAUGCUUCAUCUUUCGACAGAGAAUAUCUUGCUCAAAGCCCAGGUUGAGGGCUUACAAAGAGGUAUUUCCAAUAUUAAUAAACGCCAGGCCAAGAAAAGAACAUUAUUAUUAGAUUUGCCUGCAGAAAAUGAAGGUGGUGCUAUCUUUUUUAGCCCUUCAAAGGUUCAGCAAGCUCGAGAUCUUCAACUUCAAAAAGACGAGAAUGCCGCGCAAGAGCAAGCUCGUAAAGAUGACAAAGCUUCAGCAGCAGCUUAG